CGAAAGAAGGUACGGGACUACGAAGGAUUUCGUACUGGUAAGCAGACAUGAAAUUCGCGGCCUUGUGUGUUUUGGCUGUAGCCUACUUUGCUGCACCAUGUUACUCCGAACCCUUCAUCAUGGAACUGCCUGGCUAUGCAAAGGCUGUUAUGGGUGGCUAUGGAAACCUUAGCACGUCCUGGUACGAACCCCGGAAACCAUUUUAUUCUUUCCGUUAUUUCCAUUACGCCGCCAAGCCCACUUAUGAGACUCGAUUCCAGCCUCCAAUCCCUUCAAAUUAUCCUUAUCCGGAUGAUGAAAUCUACAACUCAAUCGAUUUGCCACCAGGAUGUGCCCAAAGCAGCCAAGGAUUAGAAGAUUGUCUUAUCCUCAGUGUUUACACGCCUAACUUUCCAGGAAAUGCUUCUGACCCUACAACUACUUUUGACAACUUGUUACCCGUCAUGGUUUGGAUCCACGGUGGUUCCUUCUCAUACGGUCAAAGUAUCAUUUAUGAACCAAACACCUUCAUGGCACAUGAUGUCGUUAUGGUUGUUAUUCAAUAUCGUCUUGGUCCUCUUGGAUACCUGUCGCUGGACACGGAAGAAAUUCCCGGAAAUGCUGGCAUGGCUGAUCAAGUUGAGGCAUUGCGUUGGGUCCAGAAAUUCAUCAAAUAUUUUGGUGGAGACAAAGACAAAGUCACUAUCGUUGGAGAAAGUGCCGGAGCAGCCAGUGUGGGCUUCCUACUUCUUGCUCCUCAAUCAAAAGAAGAAAAACUGUUUAGAUACGCAAUUGCUGAAUCUGGGUCUAUGCUGACUGAUUGGGCUCUCGAUCGCAAUGCCACUAAACACGGAUAUCGAAUUGCCGAACUGGCCGGAUGCCCACUUGCACCCUACGCCGACUUGUUGCACUGUUUGCGAAGCAUUGACCCAGUAGCUUUGCGCAGAGCACAGGGUGAUUAUUCGAAUGAAGACGAAAGAAAUGGCGGAUUGGGUUUCGGAGGUUCCUCUCCCGUCAUUCAGGUCGCCGGAAAAGAUCGUUACCUAACAGAUGAACCAAGGAAGCUGAUCGAAAGUGGCAAUUACCAUACGGAAGCUCACAUCAUGUUUGGCGCUAAUGAAGGCGAAGGCAUUAUGGCUUUCGACAUGAUGUUGGAUGGAUACAUUAAAGCAAACGGCUUGCUAGAAGACACCGACUUUUUCAAAUUUGACGUUGUCAGAAUCAUUCUCGGCGCAUUAAAUGUUCGUGAUGACACCAGCGCACUGUCAGAUGCUAUGACUGCCAAGUAUCUUGGAUACGCCGUUGAUUCGUGCCAAAUGGGAAAUUACACCGCUAUGAUUAACGGUUUGAUUGAUAUUUGUGGUGCCCUUUUUUUGAAAGCCGGUGGAUGGCAAACCGUAAUGCUUCACACCAAGUAUAAUCCCCACGCUUAUUGGUACUCGUUUGACUUUUUCGGUAAAGUCAGCUUGAUUGGUGCCGACGAAACUCUUCCCCGAGGUGUGAUGCACGCUGACGAAAUUAUGUACCUGUUCACCAUGCCGAUUCCUCACAACGAAACGGAAAUCGAGUUUUCAAAAAAAAUGAUCGAAGUGUGGACUACAUUCGCCACAUACGGGGAACCUACACCUGAGGGAGUGACUAUGAGAGAAGGCAUUCCGAACUGGCCGGCAUACACCAAUGAGAAGAAAGAAUUCAUGGCAAUCAAUAAAUAUUGGGCUGUCAAGCACGACUACUCAUUGUAUUACACGAUUACGGUGGACAAGGCGGGUCCGAGAACUGUCAGCCCAGAAACCGCGGAAGAAUGUGCAAGCACCUAUUGGAAAUCCAAGAGAGAGAGACGCAAUAAGAUGAAGAAUUGAGUUAUCUGACGCAAAAACACGGCCGCAAAAUAUCUGCAACAAAUUCUUUUCACAAGAGAAAUAUAUGUUGCAUAUGCCAGACGAAUUCCUAUUACAAUUUUAUUAUCCAUGGUGAUACAGCCUAUUUCAAAAUAAACGAAAUUAAAAGUGAAAA